AUGUCUAAAUCCGAGCAAGCCGCCUCCAAAGCUGGAGAGCGUGACGAAAACAGCAACCCCAAGACUGAAGAGCCGAAACAGAAGGAGGAGCAGGUGAAGGAAGACAAGCCCAAGGGACCACCGGUUUCUAAGGGAAGUAUCAACGAGGCCAAGGCGCUGUAUUCGAAGAAGGAUCAGGAUGGAAAGGACCAAUGGGUGACGGAAGAGCCCGUUGACGUUGUCGAGGCCGCCGAGAACGAAGAGACUGCCAAAUUUGCCUUUUUGGUCCGCAAACAGAAAAGUUACGACAGCCGCAAGAAAUACGACAUCCACUCGAUCAUUGUCCAAAGUCCUUGGCUCAAGAAGUCAUUGGGUGUCAUCCUCGAAGAUUAUCCCGGUAUCACGACCAAUCUCGACCGACUUGUCUUUCGCGCCCCAUUUCACCCAUUCGUGCAUCGAUGGGAUAAGCUCACGUCGCUCCUCGAGGAGGACAACUUUGAGGAGGAUAUCGCCCGGGAUCACCUCAAGCUUUUCCGUGACACUCUGUUCGAGGAACUCGAGAACGCCAUCGCUGCCAAAAUCGACCUGGUCAAGAACGAGGUCGUCACCUUUGAAUACCUUUGGACAAUUUUUGAGCCUCAAACACUAGUGUACAGCAUGUCGGAUGGUAAGGAGUGUGUCUUCAAGCUCAACUCCUCGAGCAGAGUGACGGACUCGAGGCGCGGACUCGAACUUUUGCAACUGGAGGUCUGGUCCGUCGACUGGGACGGCGACAAGUUCGGACAGCACGUCACCUACCUGUCAAAUUACGAGUUCCCCGGCACCACACCCAUCACCUCCCUUCAAGCAUACCCGCUGAAAUUCCAUCCCGAAAAAGAGCAGCUGAUGCAUCGACUUGUGGCGCGAGGAAAGCUCUUUGAGCGCCUCGCGGGAUACCAUUACAAAGCAUAUCGAGGAGUUGCUCUUGGAUAUGGCCGUUGUGGGAUGAUCCGACACAAUGUCGAAUCUCGAAUCAUCAUCGACUGCGAUGCGCACAACCGGUUUCUGCCCAACAACGCCGUGUACUUCAACUCGCUGUUCAAGUCCACCAACCAGAUUAACGGUCUAUUGUCAGACGAGUCUGAGGAACAAUCAGAACAAUUCGAUUUCGACGGCUUCUUGGACAACGAGUCAGACUACCUUGCCACGCCGGACUCGGGUGACGAGGCGUGCAGCCCCAAGCAUCGUCCGCUCACCAUGGAAGAACUGCUCCUCGCCGUGCCAUACGUGCGAGGUUAUGCGCUGAAAACCAAGAAAUGGCUCUGGUUCUAUGUCGAUCAGGUCGAGGAAAUCAAGUUUGCCGACAACGCUUUCGCAUCGCUAGUGCUGCCCAAGGAACAAAAGUCGUUGAUCCGCGCAUUCGUCGAGUCUCAAGUCAAGUACAAGGACGACUUUGACGAUGUCAUUACCGGCAAAGGCCGUGGCAUGAUCAUGCUUCUUGCUGGCCCUCCUGGGGUGGGAAAGACUUUGACGAGCGAGAGCGUUGCCGAAGACAUGCGGGUGCCUCUCUACAUGAUGUCCGCCGGAGAUCUGGGGCUGGAUCCCUCUGGGAUUGAAGAGUCGCUCAACCUGGUGCUUGACAUGGUCAGCAAGUGGAAUGCAGUGUUGCUGCUAGACGAAGCCGACGUUUUUCUCGAGGCAAGAAGCUCCAAUGACCUCGAGAGGAACAAGAUGGUGUCAAUCUUCCUCCGUGUGCUGGAAUACUAUGAGGGCGUGUUGUUCUUGACGACCAACCGGAUCACGAACAUUGACGAAGCAUUCCACAGCCGCAUUCAUGUGACGGUCAACUACCCCAGCCUGUCAGUCGAGUCUCGCCGUCACAUCUGGCAGACCUUUUUGGGGGCGGAUCACCCGGUGAGCGGAAAAGACCUGGAGCGCCUCGCCCGGGUGGAGCUGAACGGGCGACAAAUCAAGAACAUUUUGAAGACGUCGCAAAUGUUGGCACGAAGCGAGGGCACCACCAGCAACAGCAGCAACCAGGAACCCACCAAGGGUGCGCAACGUGGACCAAAGGUGGAGUUGCGCCACAUCGAGACGAUCCUGGCCAUUGAGCAGCGAGGCACGUCAUGGCAGCAGUAA